ACGGCGCCCACGGAGGCCGCGAUGCUGCUGGAGCGGGUCCGCGCCGGUUCGGAGAAGGCGGCGGAGCUCUGCCCCUUCCCGCGGAGCCCAGAGAUCCCGCUGUGCGCCGGCUGCAACCAGCACAUCGUGGACAGGUUCAUCCUCAAAGUCCUGGACCGGCACUGGCACAGCAAGUGCCUGAAAUGCUCCGACUGCCAGACGCAGCUGGCCGAGAAGUGCUUCAGCCGCGGGGACGGCGUGUACUGCAAGGAGGAUUUCUUCAAGCGCUUCGGGACGAAGUGUGCCGCCUGCCAGCAGGGCAUCCCCCCGACCCAGGUGGUUCGCCGGGCCCAGGACUUCGUUUACCACCUGCAUUGCUUCGCCUGCAUCGUCUGCAAGCGGCAGCUGGCCACCGGCGACGAGUUCUACCUCAUGGAGGACAGCAGGCUGGUCUGCAAGGCGGACUACGAGACGGCCAAGCAGAGAGGUACCCCUUCCCCUUGCCCCGUCCCUGCCACCCCCCGAGGGCAGGAGGGAGGCGGCCCGGGGCGCUCCUGCCCUCCGGGACAGGCUCAUGCAGCGGGCGGGAGGGGUGGGAGCAUCUGCCGUCGGCGGGUGGCUGCGGGGAGGUCGCGGGUCCCGCGUCCCGUGGUGACUUCACCUCCCACUCGCACCGUGUCGGCAGAGGCUGAAUCCACGGCCAAGCGGCCCCGUACCACCAUCACGGCCAAGCAGCUGGAGACCCUCAAAAACGCCUAUAACAACUCGCCCAAGCCGGCGCGGCACGUCCGGGAGCAGCUUUCGUCGGAGACGGGGCUGGACAUGCGGGUGGUGCAGGUCUGGUUCCAGAACCGCAGGGCCAAGGAGAAAAGGCUGAAGAAGGACGCGGGGAGGCAGCGGUGGGGUCAGUACUUCAGGAACAUGAAGAGAUCCCGGGGGACAUCCAAGUCCGACAAGGACAGCAUCCAGGAGGAGGGGCCCGACAGCGACGCCGAAGUCUCCUUCACAGAUGAGCCCUCCAUGUCAGAGAUGAGCCAUUCCAAUGGGAUUUACAGCAAUCUCAACGAGGCGUCCCCCGCGCUGGGGAGACAGGCCGGGACCAACGGGAGCUUUGCCCUGGAUCCCAGCGGGAUCCCAGCCCAGGACCAGUACCACGACCUGCGCUCCAACAGCCCCUACGGGAUACCCCAGUCUCCAGCCUCCUUGCAAGCACUGCCAGGCCACCAGCCUUUAAUCUCCAGCUUGGUUUACCCAGACAACGGCUUGGGCAUCAUGGGACAAAGCGGACAAGGGGUGCCCCAGCCCAUGAGAGUCCUGGCCGGGAAUGGCCCCAGCUCCGACCUCUCCACGGGCAGCAGCGGGGGGUACCCGGAUUUCCCUGCCAGCCCGGCCUCCUGGCUGGAUGAAGUCGACCACGCUCAGUUUUGAUACAGGAUCCACCACGGUGCAGUGGGAAGGGAAAGGACUCGGUGCUGUUGAACUCUUGGAAUGACAGAGGGCCGAGCCGUGGCUGCCGAGCGGGGCAGGAAUGUGUGAGGACACGGACGUGGGUUUGGAGGGGACCCGGCCUGGUGGGCAAAGGCAGUGGCACCACAGCAAGUGGCAUCCUGAGUGUCCAAACAAACUGCUUCUCGUGUCUUUACUAAACACCAAGACUUGUGCUUUACAGAUUUGAUAUGAGGUAUUUUGCUUUCUGUUGUCAGUGCAUUCUCCAAAGCAAGGACUUGCUUCAUCGCCCACCCACACUGAGACAUUUUCAAGGGAAAAUAAAAGUCCUCAUCCACGGUGAAA